AUGAAGGGCAUUGUAUCCUCAUCGUUUUGCUAUGCUGAUCCUUUUUGCUAUUUUGGCCAUCGUUGGGGAACAAACCAACCACCACAAAGUGUUAAAUUUGACAAGUUAAAUAUUAAUGUUGGUGAUAUCAGUGCAGUGAAAGGUAAUAUCUUGGUUACACAACCACUACUUGGAAUGAAGAAUUAUCACUCUUGGUCAAGGGCUAUGAUCUUAGCUCUCACUGCCAAAAAGAAAAUAGGUUUCAUUAAUGGCAAAAUUGCUGAGCCAAGUCCAGAAUCUCCUCUCUAUGAAUAUUGGUUAAGCUGUAGCACAACGGAAGAGUCUCACAAGAAUGUAGUACACAGAGGAUCUUACAUUGCAAAUCCUGAUUCAGUGGUGAUGUAUGCAAAUUCGAAGGGAAGUAACUCUGAUAAUUCUACUUGGAACAAAGGAAAUAAUAAAAGGGAGAGACCUUUAUGCACUCAUUGCAAUAUGCUUGGACAUACAAUUGAUAAAUGUUACAAAUUACAUGGUUAUCCACUAGGAUAUAAACCUAAAGGAAGAUCAAGUGCUAAUGAGGUUAUUUGCAAUUCUAGAAUAGCACCUGAGAAUUUUUCAGUUCAAUGUCCUAUUUCUAAAGCUCAGUGUGAGAAAUUAUUAACCUUCCUUAAUGCUGGAUGUAACUCUGGUAAGAAUCAACUUGCAACCAAUGUCAGUAUUGGUAAUGGAUUGGCUAAUUUGGUUUCAAGAGUUGUUGAUAUGUGUUCAUUUGAUGGUGUUCCUGCCACUACUGAUGUGGUUAAUAGAACCUGUCUUAAAUCUACUAAGUGGGUCAUAGACACAGGUGCUACUGACCACAUGGUGCAUUCUAUGUCUUGUUUCAGCACCAUAAUUGCUACAUUGAAUUCUCACGUGAAUUUGCCAAAUGGUGAGGAGCUUGCUCAUCGGAGCACACUUGGUCUGGGUAAAGAGUGCAAUGGUCUAUACCUGCUGGAAGAUAGCGAGUCAGCCUCUUCUUCUGUUUUAGUUGUUUCUUCUAUUAAUGAAACUCAGCCACAUAUAUGGCAUUUGAGGAAAGUAAAGAUCAUUAGAAUUGAUCAUGGAACUGAAUUCACUAUGAGUGAUGUCUUUGCUAAAAAAGGAAUUUUGCAUCAUUUAAGCUGUGUUGAAACCCCUCAGCAAAAUGCAAUUGUAGAGAGGAAACAUCAACAUAUUUUAAAUGUAGCAAGGUCACUCAUGUUUCAUUCUCAUUUGCCUUUACAUCUUUGGGGACAUUGUCUGUUAACUGCUAUAUAUCUAAUUAAUAGAAUUCCUAGUACACCUCUUUCUCACAAAACCACUUAUGAGAUUCUUUAUGAUAGUCCUCCUUCAUAUGAUCAUUUAAGAAUUUUUGGCUACCUUUGUUAUGCAUCUACUCUUGCACAUAAUAGAUCCAAAUUUGUAGUAAGAGCAAGGAGGUGUGUAUUUCUAGGUUAUCCUUUUGGCAUAAAAGGUUACAAGGUUUUAGAGUUGUCCACAAAUGCAGUUUUCAUAUCUAGAGAUGUGGUUUUUCAUGAACACAUAUUUCCUUUUAUUGAUGGUAAAGCCCCAGUUUUAGACCCUUUUACUUCAAUUCCUGAAGUUGAUGGUCUUGCAUCUUCCAGCUUAGGUAAUGGUUUUUUUGUCACUCCUCUUACUAUACAAGAUGAGUCUAUUGCUUGUUCAAAUUUUGUUCUUGAUCCUAUUCCAGUUCAAGUUUCUCCACUCCAUUUUGAUUCCUCUCCUGCAAUUUUUGAUUCUACUACUCCUACAGUUCCCACUUCAGUCACAUCUGAACCUGCUUCUACAUUUGCUCAUGAGCCACCAUCAGCAUCUAUUAGAAGAUCAUCUUGGCAAUCCACUAAACCAGCUUACUUACAGGAUUAUGCUUGUGCUACCACUUCUGCUACUUCUCAUCUUUCUGGUGCACCUUGGGAUGUGGAUGAUGGGCUCAUUUACUCACACUUGGAGCCUUAUUAUUAG